AUGGGCCUGUUCAACAAGCGUGCCCGUGAGGGACCCGGCCACACUCAGGCGACCAAGACGCCCAAGAAGAGCCAUGGCCAUGCUCGCAACACUUACCCGAUGUCUACGCGCCCGUCUUUCGGUCAAUGGCUGAAGGUUACCUGGGUCGACAUCCUGACCAUGGUUGCCAUGGGUGCUUUGGGUCUCGGUAUCUACGAAGCCCACCCGGCGCCUACGCGUUCGUUCGCCGUCACCUAUCCUUCCGACGGCGAAGUUGUCUAUCCCCAGUUCGCGUACCCACUGCGAAAGGAGAUCAUCCCCAUCUGGCUUGCCGCCUUCCUGGCUUUCAUAGUCCCUACUCUGGCCAUUCUCAUCAUGCAGAUACGCAUCCGAUCUUUCUGGGACGUCAACAACGGUAUCAUCGGUCUGCUGUACGCCCUCAUCACCGCCGCCGUCUUCCAGGUAUUCGUUAAGUGGCUCAUCGGUGGGUUGCGACCCCACUUCCUGGAUGUCUGCAAGCCAGAUAUCAGUCUCGCCAAGAAUGCCGCUGGCGUCGUUGGCUCAGGCCUCAACGCAGCGGGCUUCCAGCAACUCUACUACACCCAGGAGAUCUGCACUGGCGACAUCAGCGAGAUCGACGACUCGCUCGAGUCCAUGCCCUCGGGACACACCACCGCCGCCUUCGCUGGCUUCGUCUACCUCUACCUGUACCUGAACGCCAAGCUCAAGGUCUUCUCCAACUACCACCCGGCCAUGUGGAAGUUGAUCGUCAUCUACAUUCCCAUCCUGGGUGCCGUACUCAUUGGCGGCGCUCUGACCAUCGACGAAUACCACAACUGGUACGACGUGUUUGCAGGUGCAGUCAUUGGAACUGUCAUGGCCUUCUCUGCCUACAGGAUGGUCUACGCCUCCAUCUGGGAUUGGCGCUGGAACCACGUGCCCCUGAACCGUAGCCAGUCCUGCCUUUACACUCACGACGGUCUCGAGUUGGGUGAUGCCUACUGGACACGAAGGGCUGGCUGGGGAACGGCUUCUGCCCAUCACGGAGCCCAGCACGGCGCCAAUGGCGAGGGGGUGUUCGGAUCUGGAGCUGCUGGCCCUGGAUACCCGCGCAAGCCUGUCGGCAAUGGUGCUCAGCACAGAGGUGAUGAUAUUGUCUAA